AUGGGGUUUGCCAGGCAUGGGAUACCUUUAGAAGUGUGCACGGAUGGGGGACCGCAGUUCUCCUCGAGGGAGUUCCUAGAGUUUGCCAAGCUAUGCGACUUUCGACACGUGGUUUCGAGUCCGAGGUUUCCAAGGGCAAAUGGGCUAGCCGAGAAAGGAGUACAAGUGUUCAAAAGACUCCUGAAGAAAACAAAGCAUGCUAAUGAGUCUCUGUGGCUUGGACUUCUAAACUACAGGUCAUCGCCACUAGAGGAUGGAAGGAGCCCUGCACAGCUGCUGAUGGGAAGACAACUUCGAGGCCAUCUUCCAGACUUCUCCACCCCUCAGGUAACCGAGGUGAAGAAGCAGUCACAAAGGCACCGGCCAAGGCCGGAACUACCGCCACUCAGGACAGGAGACACGGCCCGCCCUUUAGAAGAUCAGGGUUGGACUAGCAGAGCCAAAGUAACGCGGCAGGUCACACCACGAUCAUAUUUGAUGGAAACCGAAGACGGGAGCCUACUGCGUCGAAGUCGGCAGCACAUCCUGCGGACGGCAGAGCCGUUUCACUCGCCUAGUUACACAGCGGGCAGCCCCCACCAUCCUCAGAAAGCUAAUGGCAGCGGCCAAGAAACAAGCCCUGUAGGCACCCCAGAACGUCCACCAGCCUCUGGCCUGCACGACGCAGCAACUCCCAUGCGCCGCCCUGUGCGUCUAACUUACGAUGAGAACUUCGAGCAAGAACCUGGACCCUCACGUGGGAGUGAGGGAGGUGUAACGUAG